AUGCCUAUUGCAAAUGCGGAUCUUAUGGAAAGAUCUCCCUCUCUAGAACCAACAAGUGAACCUCUGAUGGAGCUACCCUUCCCAGUAGUCACCAAGUCACAUAUCCUUAAUUGUUCAUACCAUUCGUGGUACCCAAGAUACCGCUCCCUAACCCCCAAAGCCCGCCUUAUUCCUCUCUCCGCCUCCUUCCUGUCCUACCUCCGCGCCGACGGUAUCAUUCUUCCUCCAGAAGAUAUCCCCUCAAGCACCGGUUCUGAUACAGACAAUGAAGAAGAGGAAGAAGACCAAACCACAGACCCUUCACAGGCUUGGCUCGACAUGCACCAAAAGAUCAAAUCCACUAUCUCAGAACUCGGUGGCUCUGUAAUGCCCAAGCUCAACUGGUCUGCUCCUAAGGAUGCGACUUGGAUAUCCGCCACGAAUAGUAUGACCUGCACAACGCCGAAUGACAUUUACCUGCUGUUGAAGAGCUCGGAUUUCAUUACCCAUGAUCUAGAGCAGGUCCUUGAUGAUUGCGAGGAUGAAAGCGAUGAUGAGAGUGAGGUUGAAAACCAGGACGAGGAGAGAUCCGCCAGCGAACAUCUCUCGAAAAUACCGUACCACCUCAUUCUGCGAAAGACGAUACCAGCAUUCAACCCUGCGUUGGAAAUUAGGUGCUUUGUGCGGUCGAGACAUCUGCUCUGCAUGUGCCAACGGGAUCUCAAUCAUUUCGACUUCCUGCCGCGCUUGAUACCCAAGCUGCGCUCACUGAUCCAAGAUGCUUUUGACAAAAACCUGAAGAGGACUUUUCCGGAUGAGAGUUUCGUGUUUGACGUUUACAUUCCACCACCACACGACCGAGUCUGGCUAAUAGAUGUCAAUCCGUGGGCUCCGCGCACCGAUCCUUUGCUUUUCUCGUGGUUGGAGGUCCUUAACAUGAGGGGCGAAGAGCAAGGCGGCGCAGAUAAGUUACAAGACGGUGUCGUCAGACUCUCGCUUAAUGGGAAUGGUUCCGUGGAUCGUGGGUCAGACCUAGACGAUGAGCAAGAGGAGGAAGUGGAAGAGGCAUCAGAAGAUGAGGAAGAGGCUUUUACGCCAGAGUUCCGUCUGGUCAAUCGGGAUGAUCCAGAAGCGUACAAUUUCAACACACCGCAGUACAGCGCACACAAGCUACCGAAGGAUGUGGUGGACGCAAGUACGGACGGAGAAGCUGGGUUGAGGGAGUUUAUGGGAACGUGGAGGGAGAUUGUGGCGAGACAGGAGAAAGAAGAUCGAGAAGAAAAGGAUAAUGGGAUUGUAGAUGGAAUCUAG